AUGAAGAUGCUCUACGUUCUCUUUGCUGUUGCCUUCUUGGUCUACCAGGUCCAGGCCAAUCCCCAACCACCUUCCGAGGAUGAAGCCAAGGAGCCUCUUGACCCUGAAAUGAAGUUGAAAGAGGGUAAGUUGGGCUGAAAAUGGUCAUUCUUUCAUACUGCAGCUUGUGGAGGAAUCCUAGAAUCACGGUUAGAAGUACAACUCUAGGUUAGCUCAGCCAUAUUAUUGCAGAAAGAGAAUUCUUUUGACUUACAAGCUUUAGUUAUCAUGGACUUUCCAGUCUCAUAGGAAGGACCUGGGCAAUCUGGUUCAUUGUCCAGCUCUUCCUGAUGCAUUUACUUCUUACUGAGUUUGAUGGGACUUUGUGUUUUAGGACUUUCUUCUUGACCUUCCUUCAGCGGUUGGGAUGGGCUGUUUCCCCCCCAGAAUCCCUCAGAAGCAAUCUAUCAGAAGCUUCUUUGUGGCAGUGGUUGAGACUGGAAUCCAAAUUUGCAGGGCAUCCCUAUUUCCAUGUCCUCUCUCUCCCUCUCUCCCAAACCCUUUCCCUAAUCUUAGUGCCAUCACUCCUGCCAGCUCCAGUCUCAGACGACUCUGGGGUUGCAGCACUCAUCUCACUUUACAGGCUGAGGGAGCCGGCAUUUGUCCGCUCUGCAGACAGUUUUUCUGGGUCAUGUGGCCAGCAUGACCAAGCCGCUUCUGGUGCAUUGGAACACUGAAACCAGAGUAGUGCACAGAAACGCUGUUUACCUUCCCGGGGAAGCGGUACCUAUUUAUCUACUUGCACUUAUUGGCAUGCUUUUGAACUGCUAAGUUGGCAGGAGCUGGGACCGAGCAACGGGAGCUCACCCCAUCAUGGGGAUUUGAACCGCCAACCUUCUGAUCGGCAAGCCCAAGAGGCUCAGUGCCUUAGACCACAGCGCCACCCGCAUCCCUUGCACCACCCAUGUCUGUUAUUACAUGUCAGGGGUUCUGGGACAGAGGCACAGGGUAGGCAGGAGAUGGAGAGCGAUGGGGAUGAAUCCCAGGACAGCGAGGAAGAGGAUGACAAUGACUCACGAGAUUCCAUGAGUCUUUCCAGCGAAUCAGAGGAUUCCCAGAAGGGGGCGCCGGUGGUCAAGCCCAGGGGAGCCCCAGGGGGGACGUGUCAGGAGCAGGGGGCCAGCUGAGCAUCCCAAAGUGGCAGCUGGGUGUCAGGACCAGCCUCCCCGCCAGAGUGCAGCGAAGGGGGGUGGAAGUUUCAGUGUGUCAGGGGAAGCGGCUCCGGCAGUAGAGAAAGGAGGGAGGUCGGAGCAAGCCAUCCUCCCGGAAGGGGAGGGGAGCAGUGAAGGGAGGAGUGUAGCUGUUGAAAGGAAGGUGAGAGGCUGGGCGCGCGCGCCACGUUCAAAUGUAGAGGCGCGCGGAAGUACAGGGAGCCCGGAGGAGGGGCCAGGUCCCAAAGCCCGCAGGAGGGGGCAAGAGCAGUCUGAUUCCGCGUCAGAGGAAUCCAGGAGGGGCGAAACCCCAGCGGGCAGAAGGACCCUGCGGAAAAGGAAAGAGAGAAAGAGGUGGAGCAGCGCAAGCCUCUUAAAUUGGUGCAGGGGAGGGACGGAUUCAGAGGGGACUUCAGCGGUCUAAGCGUAGCAGACGUAGGGCUGCGCGCCUAGGAUGUCAAGCAAACAAUGAACUGCAAUAAACACUUUUGUAUAUAAGAAGACAUAGGCGUUGGUCUUUUGUGAGCUGAGACUUGAGGCAGCCCUGACAUUACAUUUCUUCAAAUACCACAAAGCUUCCACCCCUCUCUAAUCACAGACUCCUCCUGGUCUCUGAUUCUUGUUGUCAAACUUGCCAACUCCACAUAGGGUAUGAGGAAGGAUGUUAGGUGUAAUUUGCAGCAGGAUAAGGGGAAACAAGGAAACCAUGGAGGGUUAGUGGGGAAGUUCACAUUUCUUAAAAAAUAUUGGGGGAAACCAAAUAUGUAAUUAACUUUUGAAAAUCAAAAGAAAAUUGUAAAAAAAAGGGGGGGAGGCAGGCAAAUGGAAGCUGGCUGGAAGCAAUCUGAGGUUUGGGAGUGGGGAGUGCCCAGUUUGCCCUAAUGGAACUGAACUACUUUCACCAUCAUGAUGUUCUGCCAGCCAGGAUCUCCCCUCACAUAAACUUAAGUUCCUGAGGUCUUUGCUGUUUUCUAUGUCUAUUGACCCUUGAAGAAUUUUCACGAAUUCUGCUUUCCUCUUUUAUAUGCAGACCCUGGGCUGAUGCCCCCGCCAGAUGAUUCUGAACGACUUAAGGUGGUCCUGUGCCAAGGCUUCAAUGGAUACUGCCUGCCCCGGGGCUUCUCAUGUCACAAUGGCUUGGUAUUCGCAGAAGUGUUUAACAACUGCCCGUUUUCUGCAGUUCUGAAGUGCUGCGUGCGCUGA